AGUACCUCGGCCGGAAAACAAUUAAGGCAAGGGCGGAGAAACCAAAGACUACUGCAUUGACCCGGCCGGCCGGCAGCUCAGCUCAGCUCAGCUCAAGGUGUUGUUCGUCCGCGAGCAAAAUCGCGGAGAUCCCAAAACCCUCCAGGCCCCAGCGUGCGCCGUAGGUUACCCCGCCCCGCCCCGUCGCUGCCGCCGCCGCCAAUUUCCUUUCUUUUCCUCGUCCCCGCCGCCUGCAUUACUUCUCUGCAUUACCGGUGCCGACCAUUGCCCUCACGCAGCUCCCCCCAAAGCUUCCACCGGGUACAGUGGUUUGUCAUUUCAAGACCUCUGCGAAUCAAUAUCGAUAUUCCUUGAGCUGCAGAUAGUAUUAAGGCUGUAUUUCGAGAAACAUGAAUCCUUACUUCAUCGGUUUUGUUGUCCCUUUUGUGGCAUCUCUUCUGUUUACCAAGAGAAAGGCUGAAAGGAAAAGGGGAGUGCCAGUUGAUGUGGGUGGAGAGCCUGGCCAUGCUAUCCGUAACUAUCGAUUCGAACAGCCUGUCGAAACACACUGGGAUGGGAUUUUCACACUCGCGGAGCUAUUCGAGCAAUCCUGCAAGCAGUAUGUCCACAUGCCCCUGCUUGGCACAAGGAAACUGAUUUCAAGGGAAUCAGAGGUAGCUUCUGAUGGAAGAUCCUUUGAGAAGCUCCAUUUGGGGCAGUAUGAGUGGAAAAGUUACAGUAAAGCAUUCAAGGCUGUCUGCAACUUUUCAUCUGGUCUUGUGCGAAUUGGUCACCUGCGGGAUGAGCGUGUUGCUAUCUUUGCUGAUACUCAGGCUGAGUGGCAGAUGGCGCUGCAGGCAUGCUUCCGACAAAAUAUUACAGUUGUCACCAUUUAUGCCUCCUUGGGGGAAGGAGCACUUUGUCACUCACUAAAUGAGACUGAAGUAACCACGGUGAUCUGUGGACGGAAAGAGUUGAAAAAGCUUAUUGAUAUAAAUGGUCAACUUGAUACUUUGAAACAUGUUGUCUACAUAAAUGAGGAAGGUGUCUCAAGCGAAGUAUCCUUGGCUAAACAAUGCACUAGAUGGAGAGUGGAGUCAUUUGAGGAGGUAGAGAGGUUAGGAUUGGAAACACCUGUCCAAGCAAAUUUGCCUCUCCCAUCUGAUACAGCGGUAAUAAUGUAUACAAGUGGCAGCACUGGAAUGCCCAAGGGUGUCAUGAUGAGCCACCGCAAUGUCCUGGCUACAGUAUCAGCUGUUAUGACUAUUGUGCCUGGACUUGGCAAGAAGGAUGUCUACUUGGCGUACCUCCCACUAGCACACAUCCUUGAGUUGGCCGCCGAGACGGUUAUAUUGGCUGUUGGGGCUUCUAUAGGAUAUGGGUCACCUUUGACCCUGAAUGAUACAUCAAAUAAAAUUAAAAGGGGAACUCAGGGUGAUGCUUCUGCACUGAAGCCAACACUUAUGACUGCUGUACCUGCUAUACUUGACCGUGUUCGUGACGGCGUAAGAAAAAAUGUAGAUGCAAAGGGUGGUCUAGCAAAGAGACUAUUUGAUAUCGCGUACAGCCGUCGGCUCGCUGCUGUUAACGGAAGUUGGUUUGGUGCAUGGGGAUUAGAGAAGCUCUUGUGGGAUGUGCUCGUCUUCCAGAAGGUGCGUGCAAUAUUGGGAGGACAGAUUCGCUUUAUACUUUCAGGUGGAGCUCCUCUGUCUGGAGAUACUCAGAGAUUUAUCAACAUAUGCCUUGGGGCUCCAAUAGGGCAGGGAUAUGGUCUGACUGAAACAUGUGCUGGUGGGACAUUCUCUGAAUACGAUGACACAUCUGUUGGUCGCGUUGGUGCUCCACUAUCUUGCUCAUACAUUAAGUUGAUAGACUGGGUCGAAGGUGGAUACUUAACAACUGAUUCACCAAUGCCUCGUGGAGAAAUAGUUAUUGGAGGCCCAAAUGUGACCAAAGGCUACUUCAAAAAUGAGACAAAAACAAACGAAGUCUACAAGGAUGACGAAAGAGGCAUGAGGUGGUUCUACUCCGGUGACAUUGGGCGUUUGCAUCCAGAUGGCUGUCUCGAGAUCAUUGACCGUAAGAAGGAUAUAGUAAAGCUUCAACAUGGUGAAUAUGUGUCUCUAGGAAAGGUGGAGGCUUCUUUGAGUCUGAGUCCAUAUGUUGACAACAUCAUGGUUCAUGCUGACCCCUCCCAGAACUACUGUGUUGCACUUGUCGUAGCUGCGCACAGCGAGUUGGAAAACUGGGCCUCGAAACAAGGGAUCACAUACACCGAUCUUUCCGAUUUGUGCCAGAAGCAAGUGGCUGUCAAGGAAGUUCUUCAGUCGCUAGUAAAGGCUGGUAAGCAGUCGCGACUGGAGAAGUUUGAGAUUCCAGCCAGGAUCAAGCUGAUAACGGAGCCAUGGACCCCAGAGUCGGGCCUCGUCACCGCGGCCCUCAAGCUCAAGAGGGAGGUCAUCAAGAAGGGCUACGGGACGGAUCUUGCCCAGCUGUACAGCUAGUGUUCCUUGUUGGCAAGAACGAAAUCCGCCCCUUUCAUUCGACGUUUCGUACCGCAGGUUCUGUGAAUACAACAGUGGACAGUUAUGAAACAGACAGUAUGUGAGAUGGCCAAGCUUGUGUGCUCCAUGCACAUUUGAUACUGGAACCUGAAAUGUGGAAUUAGUGAUUUCUUGCGUUUCAGCAAGCAUACCUUGAUACCUGUUCUCAGCUCAGCGUCAGCUUUGAUGGAAUAUCUCUGAAUCUUGCUGUCAUGAGUCACAUAUGACUUGCUACUAAAUAAAAUACACUGGAUAUGUAGGUUUCGGAUAUUUGUUAUUUCUGAGUAGGUUAUCUCCAGAUGUGUUUCGUAACAGUUAACAGAGGAAAAACAAAUCUUGAUUUGA